AUGAAACGUCGGAGAUACGUGCGGAGGCACCGGGAGUCAACAGCAGCGGCGCAAAGGCGGCAAUGGCAGCUGGUGCCUAUAGUGGUAGGUGUUGCGGCUGUGGCAGCUGUAACGGCAGCUACAGUAGCUGUAGUGGCUGCUGUAGUGGAUGUAGCGGCAGCUAUGACAGGAGCGGCGGCUACAGGGCAGCGGGGCGUGCAGGUGCGGCGCACUGGGGAGCACACGGGCAGGGCAGCGCACACGGGCACGCGCAGCACGCGAGGCAGCAUAUGGGCAGGGCGGGCAGCAGUGCACGGGCAGCUAGGGCAGUGCGUGGGCAGCUGGGCACGUGGGCUGCGCAGGGCAGCAGGGCGCGCGGGGCGCGCAUGGCAGCAGGGCGCGCGGGGCGCGCGGAUAGCAGAGCGCACGGGGCGCACAGGGCAGCAGGAAGCGCGAGGCAGCGAACGGGGCGUGCGUGGGGCAGCGUACAGGGCGCGCGCGGGGCUGCAAACGGGGCGCGCGCAUGGUAGCGUACGGGGUGCGCGCUAG